GCAGCCUACUACAACGUACAGUGUGUAGCCACACUGACCUACAUGUCUGAACAGCAAUAAAUGGGAGCCAAAGGCAGUGCCAUUUUCAAUGACACUGCACCCAGUGCAGGAAUACACCGUCGUUGCUCUCCAUCCGGCCAUAUUUGAUUUCCAGCUGUUUUUCGCCGAAGCCUCUCCGAGCCAGACAACCCCCCUAAGAUAUAUUAAAGUGCGCUGUCUGCAUUCAGAGAUAUAAUCCAGAGACUAUACCACUCCGCUCUCUAUUCUCGACCACGUGAUUGUCUAAAUAAUUAAUGCAGCACGUCCCCCUAGAAACACGGCGUCGUCAUUAAUCGCAAGAACUCUAUCAGACUUGAAAACUGAAGAGAUCCCCCAAGAAAAUAAUAUCCGAUAGCCGGCGCAACCGUAGCCCCGCACUUUAGCAACACAUCCGAACCGAUGGAUGCUUGGGUCGAGGUGGGAGCAGUGAUGAAUGCGUGAGGGAUAUAAAAGAGAUUUGCGCAGAUUUCGGUCACAGACUGGAGCAACGGUGGGAAACACCAAUCACGUGAAUAAACAACACCCAUGCCAUUGGAUCGAGUUGUUUUGUCUUAUUGGCUUUGAAUCCACAAAAUGCAGAAAGCAACAUAUUACGAUAACUCUGGACUUUUUGGAGGGUACACCUUCCCCAAACCAGACUCGUACAACUACGGCACCGCUCAUCAGUCCUACCCUGCUUCUAACAUUGAGAAUGACUACCAGGGCUCAGUGUGUCCCAUCCAGACCUCUGCUGUCCGGCCACCAACCCUCAAAGACAGUGACCUGAACGGAGACUGCAUGCGGCAAAGCAGCAGUCAAAGCAACAGCAGCAGCCAAGCAACGAGUAUUGUGGAGCAGCAGGCAGCACCUCCACUGUCCGCAUCCUCUCCCAGCUCCAACAGCUCUGCGCCCCAGAAGAAGAAAUCCCCAUCCAGCAGCGCUUCCAGUACUGCCACACCAACUCUCACAAAGCAGAUAUUCCCCUGGAUGAAGGAGACCCGGCAGAACUCAAAGCAGAAGAGCAACAACUGCACCAGUGCAGGUAGAGACCAUGAUGGUGGCGAGGUGAGUGAUGAGAAGAGCCCACCGGGACCAGCGUCCAAACGGGUCAGAACUGCUUAUACCAGCGCACAACUUGUGGAGCUGGAGAAGGAGUUUCACUUUAACCGCUAUCUCUGUCGCCCUCGGAGAGUGGAGAUGGCAAAUCUGUUGAAUCUCACCGAGCGUCAAAUAAAGAUCUGGUUUCAAAACAGGAGGAUGAAAUACAAAAAGGACCAGAAGUCUAAAGGGCUCGCGCACUCUCCCCUGGGACACUCCCCGGAUAGAAGCCCGCCGCUGAGUGGCCCAAAUCACAUUGGAUACUCUGGCCAGCUCCAAAACGUGAACAGCCUCAGCUAUGACGCCCCCUCGCCCCCGUCUUUCGCCAAACCCCAGCCAAACAUGUACGGUUUGGCCGCGUACACGGCACCCUUGGGUGGCUGCAUCCCACAACAGAAGAGGUACCCGGGCUCUGAGUACGAGCACCACGGCAUGCAGAGCACCGGCAGCUUUGCCAACGACAAUUUGCAAGGCAGCCCCGUUUAUGUGGGUGGGAAUUUUGUUGAUUCCAUGCCAGCCUCGGGCCCCAUGUUCAACCUCGGCCAUCUUCCCCACCCCUCAUCCACCAGUGUGGACUACAGCUGUGCCGCUCAGAUCCCAGGAAACCACCAUCAUGGACCCUGUGAUCCCCAUCCCACAUACACAGAUCUCACCUCUCACCAAGCGUCUCAGGGAAGGAUUCAGGAAGCGCCUAAACUCACGCAUUUGUAAUAUGUGGUUUCUGUGUGUGCGUGUGCGUGCGUGUGUGUAUGUGUGCCAAAAUUAUGUUGCGCUCUUUUUAUUACCUCACUAGUCUAAUAACUACACUCCAAGCGAGUCGUGUGUAUUAUUACAGUAUUAUUGAUAUUACUAUUAAUGCUAUUGUGUAAUUAUUUUCUAAAUAAUGCAGCUUUGUCCAUUUCUCUUGAAUAUUUGGAGAUGCGCAGCCAGUUGUUCCUCUUUUUGUUUUUUCUCAAGUGCAAUGCGCAAUUUUUGACUGAAUAUUUCAUGCCGUUACUUGAAGGUAAGUCUUGUAGAUCACGAGUAGAAGCUCUUUAGAGAGAAGGACUAUUAGGGACAUUUUCGUCUGUUUUGUAGGAUCUCAUUCUCCUCACGGGCAUCCUAUUUAUUUAUUUUGUAUUAUUUUGCUUAAUCUUUCGUACUAGCAUAUAGCCUAUUUAUUAUUUAAGUAAUUUGUAUUGCACCUUAUUUAUCGUUUAUAUGCGAGUAUUUCUAAAUGUGGAGUUUUUUGUAAGAUUGGACAGAUCAGUGCACUUGGAAGUGUUGGCAAAACAGGGUUUGAAAAAUGCGAUGACUCGCAGUGUAUUGUUAAAAAAGAGCAUUUUUAAUUGUAAAUCUGGGAUAAAUGGGGCAUUUGAUAGUGUAUAAACACCACUAUAUGUCCAUGAUUAAUCUUGUCUCAAACCUAAAGCAAAACGUAGACUAUCGAAGUAUGAAAUAUUAUACACCAGCAUGUCAUUUCGUGUAGUCCAUUACUAUUUUUUAUUUGUCUUCCAUUGUUAUUCAUUUAGUUGGAUAUCCAUAAAUUUAUGAAACCUUAAUGAUAUUGAAAUGUUAUAUUUUAUUGUGUUUAACAUUUUGUAAAUAAAGUGCUCAAACUUG